GAUGGUCUUUUGACGCAAAAUAUCCAAAGAAGAGAAGGACUUCACAACAGCGCACGGCACGCUCGUAAACAUUAAACUGACAUUCUGAACUGGUGCUUUCAAGAUCCUCGGACCAACUGUAAAAACCGAAAAUAAAGUUUCCGGUAUGACAACGCUUUUACGAUUCCUUGUUACGACUGAUCAUGGAUGUGCCAGAAGCCAGUCAUUCUCAAGAUGCAAACUCUUCAAACUAUUCCAGUGUGACCUUAACACCACACAUGUUGGCCAAAAUUGAAAGGAACAGACAACGGGCAUUAAUGCUCAGGCAAGCCAGGCUUGCAAAUAGACCAUCCUCAGCUCCAGAAGGAGCUACAUGUGCUAAAGUGUCAAAAACUAUAGACUCGGGUGCAGGCUUCUUUAUUGAGGAGGAGACAACAGAGGAGGAGCAGCAGGGAAAGAGAGUGGUUGAGCAACCAGUGAUGGAGCCUGAUUAUCUAAUGCGUGAGGAGUGUCUAAAACCAUUUAUGGAUUCUUAUCUCAGCAACAGUUUUGAUCUAUCUGUGUGUGAUAAAUGCAGAGACAACGAAGUGAAGCACAAGCUAAUAUCUCGCACGGAAGCCAAACAGAAUUUCCUCCUGAAGGAUUGUGAUCUGGAUAAGAGGGAGCCACUGCUGCGAUUUAUUCUGAGGAAAAAUCCUCACAAUCCACGCUGGGGAGACAUGAAACUCUACUUAAAGACACAGGUGGUAAAGCGCUCUCUGGAGGUGUGGGGCAGUGAGGAGUCUCUGGAGGAGGCCAAAGAGAGCAGAGAUGAGAACAGGGAGGUGCAAAAGCAGAAACGCUUUAAUAAAAAGGUUAAAGAGUUAAGGUGGGCAGUCAGGAGCAGUAUGUUUAAGAAAGAUACCAGCGUUCAUCAGCAUGUUUACGGCCCUGAGGAGCUGCUAGACGAAGAGGAAGAUCUCUACAGGAAAGUGUGUCAAACAUGUGGACACGAACUCACUUUUGAGAAGAUGUAAAUAUGUCUUGGAGGUCUCAC